CUUUAGGGGACGGACACCUCUGCACACACUGCCCGUGAACUCGUCCUCUGAGACGGAAGCUGCUGUCCAGCGUCUCCUUCUCCUCCUCCUUCUCCUCCUCCGGGGGACACGCUUCUAGCAGUGAGUCCAUCUUAAGGACCGACAGUUAGCCGCUGUGUCCAGAUGUCUUCCAGGGGGACGCCCAGCCGCUUCCUGGCCAGUGUCCUGCGGAACGGGCUCGGCCGCUACGUUCCGCAGCUCAAGCGGAUCUCCAUCGUCUUCUCCAAGAACGCACAGAGCUCGUUGGGAGUCAGGGACUUCAUCGAGGAGGGGGUUGUGGACUACGCCAAGAAGAACCCGGGCACCGUGGUGUACGUGUCCCCUCAGACCUGCAGGAUCCCCAAAGUGGUGGCAGAGUAUUUAAACGGCAACGUGAGGGAGGAAUUCGUCACCAGCAAAACCGCCCCGCAGAUUUCAGAGCUUCUGACCAAACUGGCCAAUCAGUCCGGCCAGGAGAUCAUGCGCCUCCGCAAACCCUUCCACACGGACAACCCCAGCAUCCAGGGCCAGUGGCACCCGUUCACCAACCGGCCCCCGGCCAUCGGCCCCAUCAGGCCCCAGAAGCAGGACUCUGUCUAAGGACUCAUCUCUCCAUCUGUUUCAGCUCCUCCUGAGAGCUGCGUUACAUCUGCACAGGUCACGUAGUUCUCGUGGUUGCAGCAGGUUCCAGUGACUCACUUUUGGAUGUUCCUGCUGAAGACGUCACAACCGGCUCGGUGUGUUUUUGCCGUGUCCUUCAGCCGGCGGCAGCAGAGCCACUCGAGCCGGGCAGGAGAACACACGCGGCUCUGAAUGCCACGUUUGAAUAGACUCCACAUGAAUCCACCGGACACAUAUUCAACAGCAGAUAACUGUUUUAUUUUGAAGAGCAGCACGGGGGAGCAGAUGCAACCUUGUAUGAAAUAAAAAAGAAUUGUGUGAA